AUGAUCGUCGGAGCUGUCACGCAGACAGCUUCUUAUGAGUACCGAGAGUUGGUAGCCGGCAGAAUUGUUACCGGCAUUGGUAACGGUAUGAAUACGAGCACGAUUCCGGUCUUGCAGUCAGAAAUGGCGCAUAAGGAUAGAAGAGGCUUCCUUGUGCUUUUCGAAGGCGCGCUAAUUAGUGGCGGCAUAGCUAUCUCAUACCUCGUCAACCUGGGAAUGUGGUAUAUGAAUAAAACAGAUGCAGAGGUUCCUCAUGCAUCUGCACAGUGGAGAUUUCCCUUUGGCCUGCAGCUAGCCUUUGCUAUUGUAAUGCUGUUUGGUAUCGCUGUUUUGCCAGAGUCGCCGAGGUGGCUUGCUAAGCACCACAAAGAUGACGAGUCUAUGCACAUUUUGUGUAGGCUAAGAGAUGGAAAUAAAGAAGAUACCCACGUUAUUCAAGAAUACAGUGAGAUAAAGGAGGUAGUGUAUGCACAAGAGGCUGGUGGAGAAUUUUCCUUCUGGCAGAUAUUUAGAAAUGACGAAAACAUGACGCUCUGGAGGACUUCAGUAGCAUUUUGUAGUCAAAUGUUCCAGCAAAUCGGUGGUAUCAACCUGGUUACUUACUACAGUACAACGCUAUUCCUCAGUAUCGGACUUGAUGAGACAAAGGCACGCAUCGUCACAGCGGGAAAUGGUGUUGAGUACUUCUUAUCAGCUGUAGCGGCAUUGUGGCUUAUUGACAAAGCCGGAAGAGUUCCGCUAAUGAUGGUAGGAAGUUGUAUCAUGAUUAUGGCGCUGGUGAUGUUGGUCGGAUUUCAGUCGACAGGCAGAUCAGAUCUGGCAGUAGGCAGUGCAGUCAUGCUCUUUGUUUACAAUACGGGCUUCGCCAUCGGCUGGCUAGGCGUGACAUGGCUGUAUCCAGCGGAGAUCUCCACACUUCGCUCUCGCCAUGCGGUAAAUGGUCUUUCGAGCUGUUCGAACUGGCUUUUCAAUUACCUCAUUGUCCAAAUUGCUCCUAUAUGUCUCGAUACUAUCGAAUGGAAGACAUAUAUUAUCUUCAUCGCGACCAACACGUUUUUCUUGCCAGUGCUUUGGCUCUUCUUCCCAGAAACAAAAGGACACAGCUUGGAGGAGAUGGACAAGAUAUUUGUUAUGGCACACAAGCAGCGUCGUAAUCCUGUAUUUGUUGAGAAAGAAUAUACGAGAGAGUUUGGUAAGCACGCGCAAGGACUAGGAGACCAUGAAAAGACUCAGGUGGCCCACAUUGAUCGGUUCGAUGAUCUGCACGGAAGCUCACGUGACUCAGAAAGCGACAAACCCAAGACUUAA